CCUUUCUUUUCCUGGUCUGGUCUGGAAAUGGACACCAAAGAGCCACUUGGGAAAGAAAGUGGGGGGGCCAGGAAAAAAAACUUGACCUUCAUAAGGCACAGGCUGUACAUGCUGGAGAGGAGGAAGACAGACACGGUGGUGGAGAGUCAUAUUUCUGGAGACCACAACAGCUCUGGGACUUUGAGGAGGAGUCAGUCCGACAGGAGUGAAUACAACCAGAAAUUACAAGAAAAAAUGGCACCGCAAGCAGGGUCCUUGGGGCCAGUUGGCUCACCCCUGGAAAGUGAAGAACAGCUGAACAGGCGUCUGAUGGCUAGAAGGCACAAGAUAAUUACAGAAAUGGUCCAGACCGAAAAAGACUAUCUCAAUGAUCUGGAACUGUGCAUCAGAAUAGUGGUCGAACCCUUGAGAGGAAAGCAGAUUGCUAGGCUCGAUGUGGACGGCUUAUUUAGCAACAUUGAGUCCGUCCAUCAGAUCUCAACCAGGCUGCUGUCAUCACUGGAAGAAGCAACGGCGGACGUGGAGCCGGCCAAGCAAGUAAUCGGGCAAGUGUUUCUGCAGAUGAAAGACCUACUAGAAGACACAUAUAAAAUCUACUGUUACCAGCACGAUGAUGCGCACGUCCUGCUGGAAUCCUACGAAAAAGACGAAGAACUGAAGCAGCAUAUACGUGACUGCCUACUGUCCUUAAAAAAGAUAUAUGAAGAAGGGGGGAAACCAAACCUGCUGGACAUGGGAUCUCUGAUGAUCAAACCCAUCCAACGUGUGAUGAAGUAUCCCUUGUUGCUAUGUGAGCUCUUGAAUGCAACUCCCAGGUCUCACCCGGACCACAAAGCACUGCAGGAUGCCUUGGUUGCGGUGAAAGGCAUGAAUACAAAUAUAAAUGAACUUAAAAGAAGAAAGGAUUUAGUGCUGAAGUAUAAGAAAAAUGAUGAAGACGAAUCCCUGAAAGAGAAAUUUGCAAGACUAAACAUUCACUCAAUUAGUAAGAAAUCGAAGAGGGUCACUGGCCACCUGAAAAUUCUGACUGGAGGAGAACCUCAGGUGAAGGAUGAAACUUUUAAUAAAGAGGAGAAGUUAUUUAGAAGUUUGGAGAAGACAGUCAAACUCUGCGUGAAGAAUAUAUCGGUGUCUCUACAGCAUCUGAAGGAGUCUACGCUUCUAGCUGCACAGAACGUAACCGAACUUCAAGAUUUUCUGCACGAGAAAGAAGAUGAGGAAAGUGGCUCUUCAAACACCUUGAUUAAUGCUGAAAAGCCCAGCGAACGAUAUGCAGAGCAAGUAGAGAAGAUGGUUUUGGUCCCCCUGUCAGCAUUGCAGGCCCUCUUCCCAGGCCCUCAGAAGCUCAUCCAGAAGCGCUAUGACAAACUGCUGGAUUAUAAUAGCUACCACCAAAAGGCGGCGGGAGAGGAGAUGGAUUUGGCCAGGAAAGAAUACGAGGCUCUCAAUGCCCAGCUGGUGGAGGAACUCCAGACGUUUAACCGGGCAGCAAAGCAAAUCGUGACCAACUGCCUGUGUUGCCUCGUCACUCUUCUGCGGGGGGUGAUGUCAUCAGCUCUGCAAUCCUAUUCCACGGGGGAAUCCUUGACAUCGCUGUCGUCUCCAAGCAUCAGCGAAGUUCAGCACCAGGUGCUCGAAGACAUACACAGUCUGAAUUUUGUCAAAGAAAACAACAGCAUAAAUUUCAUUGAGAGAAAGCUGAGCUUUGAAAAAAAGAAGCCAACCCCUCUCCAGCCUGAAUUCCCACGGCAGGCUGAAAGCCACAGGUCUGUGAUACUCUCCACAUACAACUCAGACUUGCUGUACCAAGCCAAGCGCAAAUGCAACGCCACUCAGGAGUUUGAUAUUGAUCUCUACGAAGGAGAAUUGGUGGCUGUCGUGCAACGAAAGGAUCCUUUCGGAAGUACUGGCAGGUGGCUUGUGGACACUGGAAUUUCGAAAGGAUAUGUCUACUCCUCCUUCCUGAAGCCCUACAAUCCAGUGAAGGCACAAAAGGAGGCUUCAGAUGCCAGUUUCUGUGACGACGACUUUGAUAACAUCAGCCUUUUUGUCUCCAUGAGGCAAACGGAUGACGGGAGCACAAAACCCGCAGGGCAGCACAAGAGAAGCGGAAGCGGCUCUUCCUACAAUAGCCUGUGUGAAAAGGCAGCUGUUAACGGGACAGAGGUGGAUUGCUUCUACGAAGUGGACGACCAAGACACGUUUUAUGCGGUUCAUGCAUUUCAAGCAAGGAGCCACCAGGAGCUCAGCCUUCAAGAGUACCAGCGAGUUCGGAUCCUUCGUUUUUCCGACCUGAGCGGCAAUAAGGAAUGGUGGUUAGCGGAAGCGAAAGGACAAAAGGGAUACGUGCCAGCAAAUUACCUUGGGAAAAUGACUUACGCGUAAACAUCAGAAA